AUGAGAUACUUAAAGGGGGACAAGAAAUCAUAUGCUGACGUAGGAGAUCAACACAUCAACAGACGGUUUGUUUUUCAGACUCAGAUUUUGGUGGAUGCCAUGACAUUAGGCACUGCACUCUUGGCUAUGUGUAUCUCCUUGACGGAGGUGCCAUCUAAUGGAAAAGCCAGAAAGUCGCAGUUGAUUUACACAUCCACUAUCGAAGCUGAGUAUGUAGCAUGUGAUAUGUCCUUUAAGAGUUUACACAAGGAGAAAGAAGAAAACGAAUACAGAAAAAGGGAAUGUUCAAACCGACUUGCUCACAGAGAAAAGGAAGAAGUCGGAUUGGGAAGCUCUUGA